CGUGUCCCUGGUGGAGCCGGGCCCGGUGAACACGGACUUUGAGCUGAAGCUGAUGGAGGACGUGUCCCGCUCCGAGUUCCCUGGCACCGACCCGGCCACGCUGCACUACUUCCAGGAGGUGUAUCUGCCGGCCUCCCGCGAGAUCUUCUUCACCAUGGGCCAGAGCCCCGAGGCCGUGGCCAAGGCCGUGGUGCAGGUGAUCGGCGCGGCUCGCCCCCCCUUCCGCACGCUCACCAACCCGCUGUACACGCCGCUGACGGCGCUGAAGUACGCCGAGCCCUCGGGGGAGCUGUCCGUGCGCACCUACCACAACCUACUCUUCAACUACGGUGCACUCUUCCACCUCAGCAUGCGGGCCCUGCGCUGCCUGACCUGCCAGUGCUUCCGCCGCAGGGUCGCCCCGGCCUGA